AUGGCUUCCGCAAGCGCAAAACCGAUUUUUAAAGAUGGAGAAGCACAAGGAGAUGGUAUCUGGGAAACCGUUAAAAAUGGUCUGCAUAAUCCAACAAGUGUGAUCAAUGGUGUUGGCACCCCAAAGAUCAAAAGUUCGUAUGAUGAAGAUGAUAAGAAGAAAAUACGUAAUGAGAAGAAGGCCAUCAACAUUCUUCAAAGUGCAUUAAGUAUCAAUGAGUUCUUCCGCAUAUCUCAAUGGAAAUCUGCGAAAGAAAUAUGGGAUACCUUGGUGGAGACUCACGAAGGAACCACUAAAGUCAAAAGAUCCAUAUUAAAUACAUUGAGUCAAGAAUACGAAAUGUUCAGAAUGCAGCCCGGAGAAUCCAUCGUUGCCUUACAGAAAAGAUUUGUUCACUUAACGAAUCACUUAAUCGCUCUUGGAAAGACCUUCACAAAUGAUGAUCUCAACCUUAAAAUGCUUAGAUCCUUGACUAGAGAAUGGCAACCAAAAGUAGCGGCCAUAUCGGAGAAGAAAAGUCUUUCCACUAUGACGUCCGCAUCAUUAUUUGGAAAACUUCAAGAACAUGAACUUGAACUUGGAAGACUCAAAAAGCAUGAAAACCAAGAGAAGAAAUCCAAAGGAAUUGCUUUAAAAGUAGAUUCAAAGGAAGAUAGAAAUGAUGGCGUAUCGGAGGAAGAUGCAAAUUUCAUGCUCCUUCAAGGUCACAUAAAGUCGGAUUGUCCGAAACUCUCAAAGAAAGGUGGCUUUAAAGGCAAGAAGGAUUUCAAGAAUAAAAAGGCAUAUGUUGCAUGGGAAGAUAAUGAGAUAAGUUCUUCAUCCAAAUCAGAAAGCGAUGAAUGUGCAAAUCUAACAUUAAUGGCCUCACACCAUUCCGACGAUGAAGAAGAUGAGGUUAGUAAUGAGUUUUCUCUUUUUGAUAGUGAUGCACAAGGUGCUACAAAUGAACUUCUUGAAGAAUGCAAAAUUCUAUAUACUUGGACUUUCUUCUUAGUGCAGAAAAAUGAUGCAUUUAAGGCAUUCAAGAAAUAUGCGAAGCAAGUCCAAAAUGAGAAAUCGCUAACUAUUGCCUCCAUAAGAAGCGACCAUGGUGGAGAAUUCCAAAAUGCCUCCUUCAAAGAGUUUUGCGAAGAACAUGGAAUCUUUCAUAAUUUCUCGGCACCAAGAACUCCUCAACAAAAUGGAGCGGUGGAGAGAAAAAAUAGGUCACUUGUGGAACUUGCAUGA